AUGAAUCUCGUAGGUGUAUGCCUAGCCCUGACCGUGCUGCGUACAUCUGCUGGGCAGGACUACGCGACGCCCACCUACAACCCUGAUUCGCCGAGCCCCACCAACGACUACUACAACCCGAACCAGUACGACAACCCCUACGACCCGGGCAGGCGGUACAACAACCGCAACUACGACCCCAGCCGCAACUAUGACCCCAGCCGCAACUAUGACCCCAGCCGCAACUAUGACCCCAAUCGCAACUACGAGCCGAACCAGUAUGAGCAGACGAGUGGGCAGAACCCAUACGCGGCGGAGAAUACCCCAAGGCCCCAAUGGGACGCGCCGAGGAACUACGGGCCCACGUACAAGAGCUCCGAUCUGGAGCACGACAGCGUGAUCAUCAACGAGGCCACCUACUUCAUAGUUGCGUCGCGCAUGGUCCGCCCCGGCCAGAUAUACAAGAUCUCCGCGAACAUUCUGCGCGCCCGGCUGCAGAUGACCGUCCGCGCCUCCAUAUCCCGGAACGGGGUCGAGAUCGCCGACGUCAGCGAGAAGGUCAAGGAGGGCGUGCCCGAAAUACUGAAUAUGCGGGUGCCCGUGACCUCGGGCGACGGCGAUUACAGACUGCGCGUGGAGGGCCUCUACUUGGACGACCCGUUCGACGGCCGCGCCUUCGUCAACGACACACGCCUCACCUUCUCCAACCGCUUCAUGACCAUCUUCAUACAGAUGGACAAGCCCGUCUACAAGCAGGGCCAGACAGUUCGCUUCCGCGUAAUACCGAUCAACACGGAGCUGAAGGCGUUCGGGCGCGCAAUCGACGUGUACAUCCUGGACCCGAGCGGGCGCAUUAUGAAGAGGUGGCUCUCGCGACAGAGCAACUUCGGUACGGUGAGCCUACAGUACCAGAUGUCGGACCAGCCGCAGUACGGCGAGUGGCGCGUGCGCGUCGAGGCACUCGGCCAGAUCGAGGAAUCCACCUUCCUCGUCGAGGAAUACUACCAGACCCGCUAUGAGGUGAACGUGACGAUGCCGGCGUUCUUCUUCAACACGGAGCCGUGGAUCCACGGGCGCGUGAUGGCCAACUACACGUCGGGCGCGCCGGUGCGCGGCAACCUCACGCUGCGGGCCACCGUGCGCCCCAUCCCGCAGUACCGGCCGCGCUACUUCGCGCAGGGCCAGUUCAACAACCGCGGCCAGCCCGCGCCCUACGGCGCGAUGCCCACCGCCCAGUACACCCGGGUGCGUCAAAACUACAACCCAUACCUGUACAAUGAGAGCUACCAGUAUGAAUACUCGGAUGGUAGAAACGGCCCAACCGACAUGUUGCACCUGCCUGGUCAGCCCAACCAGAUCGACCAGCCAGACUGGUGGUACGACCCACAGAAAGUUUACACUAGAGUGUUCAAUUUUGACGAGAAGUUUCCAUUCUGGAUGCCGAAGCCGGACCCUAUACAGAUUGCAAAUCAAAAUCAAGGCAACCCCAACUACAACACGUAUACAACCUCUUCAUACAACAACUACUACAACGAUCCAUAUUACAGCCGUCUACCGUAUCUGAGAUUCUUCAACGGCACAUACGACUUCAAAUACCCCAUGUCCGAGCUGGCCCAGCUGGUCCCCUCCCUGGACGGCGUGGAGGUGAUCAUCACCGCGUCCGUCGGUGACCCCUUCCUGGACGACGUGAUAGAGGGCUACAGCAUCGCGAGGAUCUUCAACUCUUCGCUCGCCGUCACCUUCCUGGGUGGAUCGCUCCAAGUGUUCAAGCCGGCUAUGCCUUUCGACGUUUAUAUGGCGGUGUCGUACCACGACGGGUCGCCGCUGCCGCGGUGGCAAGCGGCCGGCGUGUCGCUGGUGGUGAACGUGCAGCUGGAGGGGCGCAGCGGCGCCGUGGAACCGCAGCGCCCCACGCUCGCGCCCGGCCACGACGCCGUCUGGCAUCUGCGCCUGGACCUCUACAAGCUGCUCAAGCUGGAGAAGGACCCGAACUACCGCGAGGUGCUGAGCGGCAUCACGGGCGUGCGGCUGAACGCGCAGCUGGCGGACGCGGUGGGCGGGCGGGCGGCGGCCGACGUGCACUUCGUGGCCCACUUCAGCCCCAACAACCACCACCUGCGCGUCGCCACCAGCACCACCGACGCCAGGGUUGGAGAAUACAUUAUAUUCCAUGUACAGAGUAACUUCUUCAUGGAAUCAUUCAGCUAUGUUGUUAUGUCAAAAGGAAUGAUUCUCACCAGCGGUCAAGAGAUAAUGCAGGAGGGCGUGCGCACGUUCGCGGUGGCGCUGUCGGCCGAGAUGGCGCCCGUGGCCACGCUGCUCGUGUGGGCGGCGCAGCGGCGGGGGCACGUGCUGGCCGACUCGCUCACCUUCCCCGUCAACGGCAUCUCCAGGAACAACUUCACGGUGCUGAUCAACAACCGCAAGCACCGCAGCGGCGAGCGCGUGGAGGUGGCGAUCUACGGCGAGCCGGGCGCCUACGUGGGCCUCUCCGGCAUCGACGACGCCUUCUACACCAUGCAGGCCGGCAACGAGCUCACAUACGCCAAGAUCAUAUCGAAGAUGUCGCACUUCGACGAAGCGACCAACGGGACCUUCGCGUUCACAUUCCGCUCCCACUUCGGUGAUCCCGACGAGCUGGUCUACUUCCCCUCUUCCAGCUUCGGCAUCGACGCCAACAGAACAUUCGAGUACGCGGGGCUGGUGGUGUUCAGCGACGUGGCGGUGACGCGGCGGCACAGCGCGUGCAACGCGUCGCUGGGGCUGGCCGAGUGCCUCGACGGGGCCUGCUACCCGGCCGACAAGCGCUGCGACGGCGCGCCCGACUGCGCCGACCGCACCGACGAGGCCAGCUGCUCGCACGAGGAGGACUCUGCGCUGCGGCACUUCCGCAAGUUCCGGUUCAACCGCGUGCAGCGGCAGUACGAGAACGCGUGGCUGUGGCGCGACGUGAACGUGGGCCCGCACGGCCGCUACGUGUUCACGGCCGACGUGCCGCGCGCGCCAGCCAGGUGGACCGUCUCCGCCUUCAGCAUGGCGCCCGACCUGGGCCUCGGCGUUCUGCACGCGCCAGUCAGAUACGACGGGGUGCUGCCGUUCUUCAUCCAAGUGGAGGGCCCCGAUCGCUGCAAGCAGGGCGAGCAGCUCGGCCUGCGCGUGGUGGUGUUCAACUACCAGCCGCAGGCAAUCGAGGCGGUGGUGGUGCUCGCCGCCUCGCCGGACUACAAGUUCGUGCACGUCGAGGAGAACGGAAUCGUGCGGUCGUACAACCCGCGCACUUCGUUCGGCGAGCACCAGUUCUUCGUGUACAUCAGCGCCGGAGACGCGGCCACCGUGUACGUGCCGGUGGUGCCGGCGCGGCUCGGCACCAUCCACGUGCAGCUGCACGCCUCCACGCUGCAGGGCCAGCACCACUACACCAAGACCAUAGAAGUCGAGGCCGACGGCAUACCGCAGUACCGGCACCAAUCGGUCCUGCUGGACCUGUCGAACCGCGCCUACGUGUUCCAGUACAUGCACGUGAACGUCACAGAGACUCCAAUCAUCCCGUACGAAGUGGAUCGAUACUACGUGUUCGGGUCGAACAAGGCGCGGAUCACCGUGGUGGGGGACGUGGUGGGGCCCCUCUUCCCCACCAUGCCCGUCAACGCUACGAGCUUACUCGAUCUGCCAAUGGACUCUGGCGAGCAGAACAUGUUCAGCUUCGCGGCCAACAUGUACCUGACGAUGUACAUGCGGCUGACGAACCAGCGCAACCGCACCUUGGAGAGGGACGCGUUCGCGCACAUGAACGUCCUCUACCAGCGGCAGCUAUCCUUCAUGCGCCCCGACGGCUCCUUCAGCCUGUUCCGCAGCGACUGGAACCAGUCUGCCUCAAGUGUGUGGUUGACUUCAUUCUGUGCUAAGAUAUUCCAAGAGGCGACAUUUAAUGAGUGGGAGAAUUACAUUUACAUUGAUCCUAAUGUGAUCUCGAUGGCGGUGUCGUGGAUCCUGGAGCACCAGAGCCCCGAGGGGGCGUUCUACGAGGUGACCUGGUCGCCGGACCGCAACGCCAACGCCACCAUCGCCGUGCCGGCCGACUCGGGCCUCUUCAGGGGCGCCGCGGGCAAAUUGGGCGUCGAGGUCAACAACUCUAUUAUAUUGCAGCGGAACGUCACGCUCACAGCCCAGGUCGUAAUCACCCUGGAGUCUGUUAAGAAUCUCAAAGACAUUGGCUUAAAAGAGGGGCUGAGCGCGCGCGUGGCGCAGGCGCAGCGCAACGGCAUCACGUGGCUGGAGAAGAACCUGAAGCUGCUGGAGGAGUACGGGGAGCCGUACUCGCUGGCGCUGGUGGCCUACGCGCUCACCGUCAGCAAGGCGCCCACCUCCGAGCACGCCUACCGCCUGCUCAGGCGCAGGCAGCGCUCAGAAGGCGGCCUGGUGUACUGGGGCAAGGAGCCGGUGCCGCAGCCGCCGUUCAAGAUGGAGAACCAGAAGCCGUUCCUGCUGCCGCGGCUGCCGUACAAGUACGACUCGAACAACAUCGCCGCCACGGCGUACGCGCUGCUCGCCUGCAUGGACCACCAGGACAACAACGAGCCCAUCGUCAUGUGGCUCAACGCGCAGCGCCUGCAGGACGGCGGCUGGGCCUCCACGCAGGACACGUACAUCGCGCUGCGCGCCCUGAUCGAGUACACGAACCGCAAGCGGCUGCGCGACGUGAGCGCGCUCAGCGUGACGGUGGACGCGGUGGCGCUGAGGGGCCGCACGCGCACGCUCACGCUCUCCAAUGACAACCUGGCGCGGAUGCACACCAUACAGAUCCCGGAGGCUUGGGGCACUGUGAAGGUGACAGCGCGGGGCGCCGGCUACGCGCUGCUGCAGAUGUCCGUGCAGUACAACGUGGAUGUGGAGCGGUUCCAGACUCCCCCAGCGGUGCCCGCCUUCUCGCUGAGGACUCAGGCGCGCUUCUACGGCCGGAAUCAGUCGCACGUCGACUACCGCAGCUGUGCUAGUUGGACACUACUGGAGGAGUCCCCUCGAUCCGGAAUGGCUGUGCUGGAGGUUGGCAUUCCAACUGGCUACAUGAUCCAACAGCAGAGGCUGGACGCGUACGUUCUUUCGCGUCGCGUCACCACUCUACAGCGAGCAAAGUACCAGCCCGAUAAGCUGCUAUUCUACUUUGAUUAUUUGGACCACGAGGCGACUUGCGUCAACUUUACUAUAGAGCGAUGGUUCCCCGUGGCGAACAUGUCGCGGCAUCUGCCAAUACGUGUUUACGAUUUCUACGCACCCGAACGCUUCAACGAAACUAUCUUCGAUGCCCUGCCAACAUAUCUGCUGAACAUCUGUGAGGUGUGCGGCUCCUCUCAGUGCCCAUACUGCGCCAUCUACAACUCAGCCGUGCGGCCCGCUGCAGCCAUCCUGCUCUCUCUAGCUGCACUCCUCUCACGCAUUGCUUGGCAUAACCUUGUUCAGCAUCCC